UACUUAAAAACACCAACGACAUACUUCAAGUUUAAGCACUUAAUCGCACCGCACCGCCCACCCGGACAACAUUCGCAGUUGCACCGGAAGUAGGAAACGCGUGUGGCAGCGGGUUCCUCACUGUCACCGCACGACCAGAAAACAUGAUGGAGACCGCGACUGACGGCCGCUGGGAAACUUUACCGGUGAAGAUCAACGACCAAAUUCUGCGGACGCUCGCGGAGCUGGAGUUCACGCACAUGACCCCGGUCCAGGCCGCCUGCAUUCCCCUGUUCGUGGGCAACAAAGACGUGGCGGCCGAAGCGGUGACGGGCAGCGGCAAGACGCUCGCUUUCGUCAUCCCCCUGCUGGAGAUCCUGCUGAGACGGGAGGAGAAACUGAAAAAAAUGCAGGUGGGUGCCUUGAUCAUCACACCCACACGUGAGCUGGCCCUUCAGAUCAGUGAGGUGGUGGAGAGGUUCAUACAGAGCUUCCCUCAGUUCAGGCAGAUACUUCUAAUUGGGGGGAGCAACCCGAUUGAAGAUGUGGAGAAGUUCAGAACGUUUGGGGCCAACAUCGUGAUCGGGACGCCGGGCCGUCUGGAGGACAUGUUCCGCAGGAAGGCUGACGGGUUGGACCUGGCAAGCUGCGUGAAGUCGUUGGACGUCCUGGUUCUUGAUGAAGCCGACCGUCUUCUGGACAUGGGCUUUGAAGCAAGCCUGAACACCAUCCUGGGCUUCUUGCCGAAGCAAAGACGCACGGGUCUGUUCUCAGCCACGCAGACCCAGGAGCUGGAGAAGCUGGUGCGGGCCGGCCUGCGGAACCCCGUGCGCAUCACCGUAAAGGAGAAGGGGGUGGCGGCCACCAGCGUCCAGAAGACCCCUGCUAGACUCAGCAACUUUUAUAUGGUAUGCAGGGCGGAUGAGAAGUUCAACACUCUGGUGGCCUUCCUUAGGCAGCACAAGCAUGAGAAACAGCUGGUGUUCUUCAGCACGUGCGCCUGCGUGGAGUACUAUGGCAGGGCCCUGGAGCUCCUUGUGAAGAAUGUCCCAGUCCACUGCAUCCACGGCAAGAUGAAGCACAAGCGCAACAAGAUCUUCUCCGAGUUUCGCAAGUUGAAGAGUGGCAUCCUGGUCUGCACGGACGUCAUGGCUCGUGGCAUCGACAUCCCAGAGGUCAACUGGGUCUUGCAGUAUGACCCUCCCAGCAGCGCAAGCGCCUUUGUCCACCGGUGCGGACGUACGGCACGGAUAGGCAACCAGGGCAGUGCUCUCGUCUUCCUGCUUCCCAUGGAGGAGUCUUACGUCAACUUCCUCUCCAUCAACCAGAAAUGUCCCUUGCAGCAGAUGCCUCUCGUGAAGGAUGUGGUGGAUGUGCUGCCCAAGCUGAAGGCCAUGGCCCUGGGCGACCGUGCCGUAUUUGAGAGGGGCAUGCGGGCCUUUGUCUCCUAUGUCCAGGCCUACGCCAAGCACGAGUGCAGCCUCAUCUUCAGGGUUAAAGACCUGGAUUUCGGCGCUCUAGCGCGUGGCUUUGCUCUCCUCCGAAUGCCUCGAAUGCCCGAGCUGCGGGCCAAAACCUUCCCCGACUUCGUGGAGGAGGCUGUGGACACGGACGCCAUCCGCUACAAGGAUAAGAACCGCGAGAAGCAGAGGCAGAAGCAGCUGGCGGAGAAGAAGGAACGUAAGGUGGAGACUCUACCGACCAGGAAGAACUUCCAGAAGAACAAGGCCUGGUCCAAGCAGAAAUCCAAGAAGGACAGAAGGAAACGCAUGGCUGCUAAGCGUAAGCAGGAUGAGGGGUCGGACGUGGAUGACGAGGACAUGAAGGAGCUGCUGAAUGACACCCGGCUGCUGAAACGGCUCAAGAAAGGGAAAAUCAGCGAGGAGGACUUUGAGAAGCAGCUGACUGCAGGGUGCACGUCCCGGGUGGGGGGCAGGGGGGCUUCGCAGCAGGGUUCCAGCUCUGGGAUGGAGGAAGAGGAUGAGAUGUGAUACAUUCGCUCACCCUUCCCAGGCAACCGAAACCCUCCUGCCUUGAUCCCAAUAUGUCUGAUGUGCAUCCUGAUGACCAGCUGGACUAGGAGCGGUCAACACCUGUCUGAUGCUGCAGGUUCCUGCAGGUGCCUCUUGCUGACGCCCUUCACCGCGUGGCCCGGCACCGUUCAGGUUCCAUUUCUUGCGGCCAGCAGGUGGAGGUGAGCGGGAGAAGAUCAGAGAGCCCUUGCCGGGGGGGAGCGGUCCCGGUGCUGCCGUGUCCAUUUCAGUCGCCCGGUUGGAGUUAACGUCGUUCAGCCGACUCACUUCCAAGCAGCGGUUCCUUGCUGCGCGGCUGCAUGAUGCAAGUGGUUUAUUUUGACGUCGAUGAAGCGAUUCCGGUGCAGCCGCAACAGACCCGUCGGAUAAAGAGCUCCAUGCUGUCUCAACAGCUUUCUGACCCUGUACAUUAAAGCUUUUUUUUUUUUUUAAAAAAAUAAAUUAGUUUUAAUAAU